AUGCGACAGCCAACUGGGGAGCAGCUUGUUUUCCACCAUUCCGUGUUUAUGGAGACCUCUAAGAUACCUUAUGGUAGGGUAACGUCUUAUGGUCAGAUUGCGCGUCGAAUAUACCGGCCCCAGAAUGCUAGACAGGUGGGAAUGUCACUCAAAAACCUCACGACAUACACUCGGUUUUUUGACGAUCCUGAGUUCCAGAACCUACCCUGGUGGCGGGUUGUGAACUCCCAGGGGAUGAUUUCCAAACGAGAACGGGCAGAUGCAGUUACAGAGCAGGCAGACCUCUUAAGAAGAGAGGGUGUGAUAGUUUCUGAGCGUGGUGGUGAAUAUUUCAUAGAUCUCAACGAGUUCGGCUGGUUCGAGGAUGCCAGCGACGACGGCGAAAGUGGCUACGAGAGUGACUAUUAG